ACAACAUCAUUGUUUAAUCUGGUUUCUAAAUUUCUAACAGGACGGUCAAAGAACUUCAAAUACCGCUUUGAAGCGCUUUGUGUGAAAAUGAUAGACAUUGCCAGAGACAAAGGACCGCCAUUAUACAAUAGGAUUCUCCUAUUUGCGUGCUUUGUGUGAUUUCAUUUUGAACAUAUAAACGACUCACUGUCGAGGCAUUGCUUCCUUCCAUGGGCACGUAAAAUACAUUCAAGAGCCGUGUCAAUACCCAGCAGCGCCCUACACACCGACUCGCCAUCGAAUAGUUGUAUAUCAAACAUUACAAAGACACCCUCUCAAACACGCGGAUCAUGUCUAUAGCGAAAAGGAACCCACUCCUUGCGGAGAAAAUCAAGCAGAUGCGACUGAAUAUCGCUCCAAUCGUACAUAUUUAUACUGGCCAAUGCCCUCCCGAAUUCCCCUCAACGCUGCUGGAGUUAUUCCUCCUUACUGAGGACGAGCUUGACUCUAUGGCACAUUUCUAUGCGCAGAUCUAUCCCGACGAGACUACAAAUUUAUACCCCCAAGUUAUGGACUUCAACCAACCGUACCUUUCUAGACCCACGGAAGGAGAUGAUCUACCUGACUCGUGCCGGAUGACUUCGUACGAGAGACUGAGGGUCAAGAUGAGGAUCUUUGCGAGGUUUAUCGGCAUGCGAGGGGCAGAGACGCCGAGGUGGGAGUAUGAACGACAGAUGGAUAUCAUAGUGGCUAGGAUUGAGCAUGAGGUCCAGGAAGAACAAAGGGCGAUGUCCACGAAAUCUUAUCGCGGACUAACCAUGUAUCCAUGAGAUGUGGAUCUGGAGGGCGUCUUAAAAUGAAGUGUUCAGUCAGCUACAAUCAUCAUCACAAAGCUAAAAGAAAAAAAUGCAUAUGGCUACGCAUAUUUCAGCGAAGUUCUAUCAUAUUAGAUCAAACACUAUAUAUACU